AUGUUAAUUCCUCUUUGUCGGACUAUAACACCUCAAAAAUAUUAUUUUAUAUUAAAUCUUUCCUUGCGUUGGCUUCAUAUAUACUACAACAUUUCUCAAGACAAUGUUUUCGAUUUCUUUCAAGAUGAAAUGUGUGAUUUUAAGAAAGACCAAACACCUGAUGUUGAGGGAUUGUUGUCAAUGUAUGAAGCUUCAUUUCAUUCAUUUGAAGAUGAAACUAUACUAGAUGAAGCAAGAGAUUUCACAUCAAAAUUUCUCAAAAUUUUUGAAUCAAAUGGAGAUAGUCAUAUGUCACUUCAAAUAAGUCAUGCUUUGGAGCUUCCAUUACAUUGGAGAGUACCUCGAUGGGAGGCUAGUUGUUUCAUCAAUAUUUACGAAAGACAACAAAAUAAGAAUGAUGUUUUACUUCAAUUUGCUAAAUUGGAUUUCAACAUUCUUCAAAGCGUCUAUCAAGAAGAACUAAAGAAUACAUCGAGAUGGUGGAAAGGAACUGAAAUUGGAGAAAAGUUGAGAUUUGUUAGGGACAGGUUUGUAGAGAACUUUGUUUGGAAUGUGGGAAUGAGUUUCGAUCCAGAAUUCGAAUAUUUUCGAAAAAUUCUAACAAAGGCGAAUGCUUUAAUUACCAUAAUUGAUGAUGUUUAUGAUGUGUAUGGAACCUUGGAAGAACUAGAGCUCUUCACAGAAGCAAUUGAGAGAUGGGAUUUAAACGACAUGAAUUCUCUACCACACUACAUGCAAAUAUGCUAUCAAACGCUCUAUAACUAUGUCAAUGAAGUUGAAUUUGAAAUGUUAAACAAGACUGGCUACUCUAUCUCUUCUUACCUAAAAAAAGAAUGGGCAGGUUUAUGUAAAGUAUACUUAACUGAAGCAAAGUGGUAUCAUAGUGGAUACACUCCAACCUUUGAGGAAUACAUUGAGAAUGCAUGGAUAUCUAUAAGUGCACCUCUUAUGCUUAUUCAUGCUUACUUUGUGAUUCCAAAUUCAUUCAAAAUAGAAGACUUGCAUCUUUUAGAAGAAUACUCCGACUUGAUUCGAUAUUCAGCAAUGAUUUUACGUCUUGCUAAUGAUCUCGGAACAUCUAAACGUGAAAUUGAGACAGGUGAUAUUCCAAAAUCUAUUCAAUGUUAUAUGAUUGAAACUGGCGCUUCUGAAAUAGAGGCUCGUGAGCAUGUAAAGUCUAUGAUGUAUACAAUUUGGAAGAAGAUGAAUAAAGAAGCUUGUAGUUCAGCUUUCUCGAAAAAUUUCAUAGAUCUUUCAAUAAAUCUAGGUAGAAUGGCAUUAUUUUUUUACCAGCAUGGAGAUGGUCAUACCAUUCAAGAUCCAGAAAUUCAGAAUCGUAUUCAAUCAUUAAUUUGGCAGCCCAUUCCUAUUACGCCUACUCAAUAUUAA